AUGGCUGCUCCACGUGCGUCCUCUUUCAAGGCUCUCCGCAAUCUACAGCGGUCGACAACCACGGGAGCUACUCCCGCCAGACGCAGUCUCCAUAUCACUGGCGGCCAAGCGUCCCCUCGGCUCGCAAACCCUACGCACAAGACCACCUACUUGCCCUGGAACCUGCAAGAUCUCCGUCAUGAGUGCCAGAAACGUGCCCUGUCUGCGUCUGGCACCAAGCAUGAGUUGAUUGACCGCCUGGCUGGCCAUGAUAAUCUGCAAGCAAGGGCCUUCUCCAUUGCAAUGAAGCGUAUCGCUAUCGAACAGACCCGCAAGCCUGUAUCUGGACCAUCCGAGACAUCCCCCCAGAGACAUUUCAAUACUUCGCGUGAAUUGAAGGCAGUGCAUGAUACGUCUACCAUUGAUUUUGCCUACCUCCCCAAGCUCUUUGAGACCAAUGACAACGAGCCUGCCGCCAUCCGUGUCCCCAUCCUGCCAGAUAUCGAAUCCGACCAUGCCGAAGCAAUUCUAGAGAAAUACCCCGAACUCGACUCUGCGGCUGGCGGGUAUCAAGACACACCAGGCCAUGAUACCGUCUUGAAGGCACAGAUAUCAACCGUGAAUGGGGACGACGACAGCCCUGCCAGUGCAUUCAGUGAUGUACAUGAUGGCCAUCAUGCCACUGAGAUGUCGGUUGAGAUGCUCACCACCUUGACCGAGACCGUGGGAAAGAGUGCAAGGCAGUUCGCUGACCUGGUCAAGGAUAAGGAUGAGACGACGGUGCGUCAGAUCUGGACGGGAUUUCUUGAUGAUCUGUUUGGUGGGCCUCAGAAAGGAGCGAGAGCUUAG